UUUAUGACUGUAUCUGUACCUGCCACAGAAAGUUGUUCAACAAAAAUCUGCAUAAUUCACUAGAGAUCACAGAAUCAAAGAUGGCGACAUUGAGCGUUCCUCCAGUUUUGACUUCGCCCCGAGAUGAUGCUGCGGCACUCUACCGCGCUUUCAAGGGUUUCGGUUGCGACACUGCAGCAGUUAUUAAUAUCCUUGCUCAUAGGGAUGCAAUGCAACGUGCUCUUAUCGAGCAAGAGUACAAAACUAUAUAUUCUGAAGAACUUACUAAACGUCUGGCUUCAGAACUUAGGGGUGAUAUUGAGAGAGCAAUUUUACUUUGGAUGCCUGAUCCAGCUGUUCGUGAUGCAACAGUAGUAAGGAAAGCUUUAAGUGGUGAUGUCAUUGACCUGAAAGCUGCCACUGAAGUCAUUUGUUCGCGUACUUCAACUCAAAUACAGCAUUUUAAACAAAUCUACCAUGCAAAGUUUCAUGCUUACCUUGAGCAUGAUAUUGAAUACCAAGCAUCUGGUGAUCUCAAAAAGUUGCUACUGGCAUAUGCUAGUGCUCCUCGGUAUGAAGGUCCUGAGGUAGACAGGGGAUUAGCAGAGCAUGAUGCUAAGUCUCUCUUUAAAGCUGGGGAGAAGAAGCUUGGAACUGAUGAGGAUACUUUCAUACGCAUAUUUGCUGAACGGAGCCGGGCGCAAUUGGCUGCUAUUUCUUCUGCUUAUCAUAGCAUGUAUGGGAACUCACUUAAAAAGGCCGUAAAAAGGGAAACGUCUGGGAACUUUGAGCUUGGUCUCUUGACUAUAUUACAGUGUGCUGAGAACCCUGGGAGGUAUUUUGCAAAGAUACUGCACAAGGCAAUGAAGGGUAUGGGAACCGACGAUAAAACCCUUACCAGGGUGAUUGUGACAAGAGCGGAGAUUGAUCUGCAGUAUAUAAAAGCAGAGUACCAAAAGAAAUAUGGUAAAUCGCUCAACGAUGCAGUGCAAUCAGAAACAUCAAGCCAUUACAGAACGUUCCUUCUUGCUCUCUUGGGUGCCACGCACCGCUAGACAGACGCAAGUAUGUACAGCUUAUGGGUAAGGGUCUCCCUGCAAAUAAAUUUCCACGCGUUAGAGGAUAGGCGUGUUCUGUGUAUUUCCAUGUCAAAUUUAGCAGUGUGUGAUUGCUAGAUUAGUUAUAUCAUGUCGUAUUAUCUCUUUAGUUCUUAGUUAUGUCUUUCUAGCUGUCUUAAGCUGUAUAUUGGGCUAUCUUUUGUUUCGUAUCAACUUUCAAUAUUAGGCUCUAAUGAUGUGUGGAUUUGAUUUGAGCACCA